UACGUAAUGGGACCAUGUUUUGGUCUGCCAUGACUUUCAGUGGCUGAAGGGGACUGGAGGUUCCGACUACUGGAGUUAACGAGGCACUUUGGGACUUCACAGACUUAAUUAUCGAUUCCAACAUGAAUUUCAUGAGAUCACGACUUUCCAGUAACAACUUUAUUGGUCAAAGAUUUAGAGGGAUGUGUAAUAAACUACAAGAGACCAAAGCAGAGUCGUCACCUGCAGCUUCAGCACAAGAACCUCGUCCCUUAUUUAAAGUCCCAGGCUACAAACCCUCUAAUUUGGACAAGAAGAUGUUGGUCUGGUCGGGCCGCUUCAAAUCCUUGGAGCAGAUACCAGAGAUUGUGUCAUUUGAGAUGAUCGACGCUGCCAGGAACAAAAUCAGAGUGAAAGCUGCCUACGUGAUGAUGGGAUUGACGAUAGGCGCCUGUGUGGUCAUGGUAAUUCUGGGCAAAAAGGCUGCAAGCAGAAACGAGUCCCUGACGUAUUACAACAUGGAGAAGAAAGCUAAAUGGAGGGAGGAAAUGGAGAAAGACAACGCGCCAAAGACCCAGUGAUGGAGGACGACCCACUCAGCAGUCGUGAUGCUUCCUCACAAACAUCUGGAAUAAAGCGUCUCCCUUCCUGCUGUACGCAUCACUGCUCCAAUCCUGCAGGAGUAGAAUAAACACACAAACCUAGGAGACAGGACUCCUCCAGUAAAUGUAACGGAUGUAAAUGCAGCGGGUGGUGUUGACUUAAGCAGCGCUGUGAUGGAAGAAAUUCGGUUUCUGAUUGGAUAACUCUAAUCAGCAAGUCUUGUAAUUUGUACCCUUGAGGACAUUUGAGUUUUUAGAUAAAUUAGGUCCUUACAUCAAAUGUUAUCUUGUUCAUUUACUAAUAGUGUGCUUAAAGCAAUUGGGGCAUUUGUGUUUGUAGAGCGCGACAAAAACAGGAAACUGUUAAAUAAAGUAAUGCUUCUCGA